AUGGCGGAACUACUCGGUGGGAGUGGAGGGGGCGGGGAAGCCGGUGGCGGGCCCGAUGCUGGCGGAGACGAUGACGACUGGAACGCUCUGGCGCAGGAGCUAGCGAAGAACGGCAUGCAGCCUGGCGAUCUAAUGAAGCUGAUGUUAGGCGAGGAUUUGUCGGGUGCCGGUGCCGGUGGCAGCGGCGAAGCGAGUACGGAGAACGCGGGGAAACAGGAGGAGACUUUCCAGGAGACGAUUCGAAAGACGAUGGACCGCAUGCAGGAAUCCGGAGACAAGGCUACCGCUGCUGUGAAUGAUAGUGCGGAUAACGAUGUUUUGGUUCAGAUGCUGAAAGCUAUGGAGGCCAUGGAUGCUUCGGGGUUGGGUGGGGAUGGGCAAGAUGAUGAUGAGAAGUUUGAGAAUUUGAUCAUGCGUGCGAUGGAACAGUUGUCGAAUAAGGAGAUCUUGUACGAGCCGGUGAAGGAGCUCCACGAGAAGUUUGGACCGUGGUUGAAGGAGAAUAAAGAGAAGUUGUCGAAGGAAGAUUACGAGAGAUAUGGGAAACAGGCGCAGCUGAUGGCGGAUGUUAUGAAGAAGUUUGACGAGCCGGGGUAUUCGGAUGAUAAGCCCGAACACAGGAAUUAUAUUUGGGAGAAAAUGCAAGAGAUGCAAAGCACUGGCACUCCGCCUAAAGAUCUCGUAUCGGACCCAUUCGCGGACGAGGUGUUUGGUGCCGCCGGCCCGCAGUGCCCACAGCAAUGA